GUGAAAUGUGUAACACACUUACACUGAAGAAACAGGAGGUGAGGUGUGAUUUAGUGUUCACCAAGACAAACUAUUUAAAGUUAUCUCCUAAAUUACCUUUCUUCUGGAAUGGAACUUCUCUCUGUAAAAGUUAAAAAAGGAAGAUUGGAUAAAGCAGCUGAGGCAUUUGACACCUAUGUUGUUUUGAAAGUUCAAAACUUGAAAGGCACUACAAUAGACAGAAGGGGAAGUGAACCUUGCUGGGAACAGGACUUUUUGUUCGAAAUUGGUGCUGGUGAAAAGGGUUUCACUGUAGAACUGUGGAAGAAAGGUUUGCUCUGGGAUAGAAUUUUAGGAGUUUUAUGGAUUCCUUUUUCAUCUGUGGAACACGCAACAGAAGAAGGUCCAGGUGCCUGGUGGAUGCUGCAUUCCAAAGUAAUAAAAAAUGGAACUGAGAUUCAAGGCACAAGAACACCAACUUCACAUGAGCUCUUACUGGAUAUUUACUUUGCAAUACCGUUUGAUAUGAAUGAAGAUUUAGAUUACAAAGGCUGCAACAGGGGGAUGCUACUUCAAGGAACAAAAGAUUCACAUAAAGAUACAUAUAAUGGUCUGUCAUCCUUGGAAAGUGGUCUCAGCAUGCUGGAAAACAAGAUAAGAUGCUCAAGUGUUUUGUGGCAGCAUGAAGUAACAAUAGGAAUGAGCAGGGGCAGACCUUGCUUACUCCAGCAUUUUGUCAGAGGUUCAACGAGUCUAAAUAAUGAGAUGCAUGCUGAAGCAUGGAACAGGUAUUUUUCCUCAAAACUGUGUACUGAACUCUUGCAAAAGGAGGAAUUAUACAGUCUUACUGCUAUUUGUGUUAUCUUUCACUAUGCUUUUCUGGUUUGUGGUUCACAAGCAAUGUGCUGCCUGCAUGAUGCUUAAUUUUGAAGUACAGAAAAUAUUAAAUUAAAGCAGAGAACACCGGGGCCUGGAAGGGGGGGG